AUGUUGGCAAGAAGGGACGUGGCAGCUUUGGUUCUCGUGAAGGACCAGUACCAUAGUCUCUACUCAACUCUGUCCCUUGAGAUUGAUGAAAGUUGCAUGGGUUCCCAAGACAUCUCCAAGGAUGUCCAUGCUUCAUUGUUUAUGCUGUUCAUUCAGUGUGCUCAGGGCUUGUCUUUCAAAUUCAAGCUCUCUGAAGUUGGUGAGCCAUCAAAAGAAGAGAAGGCCAUAGCCAAGUAUCUUCGAUUCAACUGUCCAACAAAGUCCACCAAUAUGAUGGGUCAUCGAGUUGAUUAUUUUAUCGCUUCGAAAGCAAUGGAUUGCCUCUUGGAUUCAAAGUGGACAAAGGCCAAGAAAGGAGAAGAAGUUUUAUUUACAACCAAGGAGACUGUGGUUGACUACUGCAACAGAUUCCUGGGCUACUCUGAUCCAGAAAAUUCUAGACAAGAUGGCCUGCUUCCUUCUGAGACCCAACACAAUGAGUGCCUGGGAGUUCACCAGGUGGCAGAAGACCAGAAGAACCGCUGCCCUGGGGACCAGAAGGAGUUAGCCCCCGGGGACCUUACUGAGUCCGCCCCCAGGGCCCAGAAGGAGUGCCUCUCCGGGGACCCAAUGGUCUCCUCCCCGGAGGCCCAGCUGCAGUCCCUCUCCAGAGACCAGAUGGGCUCCCUUCCUGGGGACCAGAUGGGCUCCGCCACGGAGGACAAACCUGACUCUGUACCCGGGAACCCGACUGGCUCAACAUGGGAAGACCAGCCGGAGUCUGGCCCCAGGGACACGAUGGGCGCCACCCCAGAGGACCAGACAGACUCAAUCCCCGGGACCGCCACUGGUUCUGUCCUUGGGGACCCAGUGGGCUCCACUCCUGAGGACCAGCCGGACCAGCAAGGCUGCGUCCCCGGGGACUCAGUGGACUCCACUCCAGAGGACCAGCCUGAGGCCGCUCCUGGCGAACCCAUGGGCUCUGACACUGGGGAUACGAUGUGUUCGGCCCCACAAGACCAAGACCUGCCGGAGUCCAUCCCCGGGGACUCGGUGGACCCUGCCCCCGGGGACCUGACUGAGUCCUUCCUUGGGGACCCAGUAGACUCUGCCCUGCAGGACCAGCUGGAGGACCAGAAGGAUUCAGUCCCAGGGGACCCUAAGAUCUUAGACUUCGGGGAUCUGGAGGAAGUGGUGGAAGACAUGAUCACUUCCCUUCAGAAUGGGGACCGCGAGCAUCUCAUCACUUUCCUGAGCACCUACCCUGCUCAUACCACCAUCGAGCAGGUGCUGGAUGUCAUCUUCAGGCGGUAUGCAUGCUUCCGCCCCGGCUGCCAGGAGGAUGAGCAGCUCAAGAACACCCUCUGCACCCUCCUGGACACGUGGACGAGCGUCUUCCCCGGGGACUUUGCCACAACAUCCGGCUUGUCCGCGCUGAAGAAGGUAAAGACCUACCUGAUAAUCCACCUGCCUUACUCGGACGUCCUCAUACGUGUGCACGAGCUCCUUACGAGACUGCUCUCAGAAACUUCAGAGGAGAGCGAUUAACAAAAAGCCAGGGUGACACAUCUGGAGACUAUGAAAACUCUGCUGCUGCUCUGUGGAGAAGAGGACAACUGGGGGAGCCAGGAGCGCAUGGUGCCGCCGCCUCCAUCAGCUGCCCUCAGCGACCUCAGCCAUGCCCUCCUUCUUGUUCCUCACAAGCUGCCUUACUCACGCGAGCAUGCUAAUCACCAGAUGUGUCACAGAUGACAAUAGUGCACCCUCCUGAUCUCCCUCUUGACAGUAGUGACGUCCUUAACCCCUGUGUGUGUCUUAGUUAUUGUUAUUGUCUGUAGCGGGGUCAGAUUGCUUUUUAUAAUCUUUUUAAAGCAUCUUUUUUAUUAAGUUAAUAAAUAAGUCUGUGACCUUGACCAGAAUCUUAGCUGUGAAAUUGUGAACUCCUGGAAAUGCUGUCAAUCAGGCUCAGUGCUUUAUCAGACCUACAACAUUAUGAAGGUCAUAUCAGGAAGUUUAAUGACAAAUAAACAAACAUUCCCUUCCCUCGGAAUCCUGUGUGCAUCGACAAAGCUUAUCUAACAUUGAUGCUCUUUUGAA